CUCCAGCCUAGACAGCUUCCUGCUCCGCAUUCUCCGGGCUUGAUCGGUUUAUCUGCCCGAUUACUGCUCUUCUUCUACCUUUACACUUAAUAUCUUCCAUUUUCAAGUUUCGCGCCGCGGUGUGCCAUCCCCCUUUCAACCAUGGACGAGGACUACUCUGCAGGCUCCGUGGACGCCGACCGCGAGAUGACCAGACUCUGGCGCACAUGGAGGACAGUCUUUGAGAUGCUUCUGGAUCGUGGCUACGAGGUGACAGAAGAUGAAGUGCAAAUGCCUCUCCACGAAUUCAAGCAGAAAUAUUCCGACCCUCUAGGAUACCCCGACCGCAACAAGAUGAAAAUCAGCGCCCGGCCCACGGAAGCCAUGCAAGCGAAAUACACGCCCCUGCCUAGCAAAUCGAACCCGAACCCCCAGCCGGACUGCGGCACCAUCUACGUUGAAUUCUGCCCGGACUCGACCGGCGUGGGUACCAAGCAAGUGCGUACCUUCAACCACUUCGUCGACGAGAACAACUUCCACACGGGCGUGUUCAUCACCCAGACUCCCAUCUCGCCGUCCGCUGUGCGCCUGCUGAGCAGCAUGCCCGGCCGCAUCUGCGAGCAUUUCCAAGAGCAGGAUCUGCUGGUGAACAUCACCCGCCACGAACUGGUCCCGAAACACGUUUUGCUUAGCCCCGAUGAGAAGGCCCGUCUGUUGGAACGUUACCGCCUGAAGGAGUCGCAAUUGCCUCGUAUACAGGUGUCUGAUCCUGUUGCUAGAUACUUGGGUCUGCGCAGAGGUCAGGUCGUCAAGAUUAUUCGCAGAAGUGAGACGGCUGGUCGGUAUGCUAGUUAUCGGUGGGUUAUAUAAUCGGUGGGUUGCUUUUUUGGGGUCUUGGGAUGAAAAGAAUGAGCUGUCUCCGGUUAUGGUGAUAUGCUUAUUGCUGUGAGAGCCGGAGGUUACGCCUUUCAAAUUUCUUUUCCCGAUGCAAGUCCAGCAAAAUGGCCCAAUCUGCCCUCCGGAAGGAGUCUAUUUACAGACGCAGAAAAUCAAGAACAGGAACAAGAUAAGAGAGGCUGGGUUGAGAGGGAAAAAAUCGGAAAGGGGAGGGAAAAGAAAGAGAAAAAAAGAAAAAAGAAAAAUUUACCGAAUACAGGCAUCGGGCAGCAUGGCGUAAAGGCGAAAAAUCUUCUCGAAAGUGUGUGUUUCUUAACGGGUGGUGUAUGUGUGUAUGUAUGUCUAUGCUAUGUCUUAUUUUUAUUUUAGGUGUGCUUCGGUUUCACCUCUAUUAGUUUUUAAACUACAAAUCUA